AUGCAUCACAAUAGAUCAGAAAGUGAACCAACAAGAAUACAAUCUAUCCGAUUGCCUACUCAUGAUCGAAGAGGUCAAUCUAUGGGAAAUUCUCCACAAUCACCUUUAAACAUACUUUCGUCUAGUACUCCAAGAUAUUCUAAACGAAAGGAAGAACGAACAGUCAAUCUAGACCAAUAUUCCUUCAAAACACAAACUAAUCCAACACUUUCCCAACUCUUACUCAAGCUUGGUCAUGAAAUAUUCGAAAAUUGGGACGAAUUCUGUGGAAACUUGGCACUUCAAGCCAGAACCUUCAAAUCUUCAUCAAAAUCCGAUCAGGAAACUAAACCAUUCUCUUCCCAACCAUGUACUCUACUCAAUAGAAUGUUCUCCUACGAGAAUGUCUUUUCAAAACUAACCAUAGAACAGCAAAUCCAUUUAAUCACCAAUUUCAUCACAAACUAUUCCUGUUAUGAGGUGAAUGGUUCGAUAAAUAUGAGAAUUCCAACACAUCUGUACAAGUAUGUGUUAGAUGAGGAGGAGCACAUUACGAGAUCACGUUCUCCAUCUUCACCUACUCAUCAUGUUUCCAAUUUUUCACAUCAUUCGAAUAAUGAUAGAUUUUCCAAUAUUAAAGGAAGAGCUCCAAUGAGCAGGAGAAUAGUUCCACAACAGGUAUCAGUCCUUUCAGAAAUGUAUUUCCAAUACGAUGAGGAGAAUGACAGAUGCGAUUCAAUGAUGGUUUUGGCCUUUUUAUUGGAUGUGGUUUUGAGAGGUUGUGUCCAGAAGGAGUUGACCACAACUUGCAUGGACAUGAGAAGUGUGGAAACAAUUCUUUCUGAGAAAUCUGAGCAUCAUGGAGAUGAUUCACCUUGUUUAGGAAGGGAUCAAGAUGAGGAGGUCAAUAGUUAUCAUUGGAGAGAGUAUGUUUGUGAUGUUUUGAGGCAAUUGGUGGUUGGAAGAGAAUCGAAUAGAGAUUCGUUUGAUGAGACAGAUCAUGGAAAUGAUGUAGAUAUGGAAAUGUCUGCAUUUUCAAAUGACAUGUCAGUUUGGGAUGCUUUAAUAAUGAGAAUUUUCAAGAAUUUUCUUGAUUUUAAUCAAAAUGACAAGCUGUCACGUGUUGAAACAGUUAAGGAACAAUGUAAGCGAUUGAAAAAACAUUUCAAGAAUAGUGCCAAGAAUGUUUAUCAAGUUCUGCAACACGACAUGUGUCGUUUGGCAUUCGUCUGUCAAAAUGCCACACUAUUCCAACCAAAUUUCAGAACUACUGCCGAAAAAUAUAUCGACUCUCUCAGAAAGGAAGAUAAAAUGAAAGAUCUUCCAUUGAGUUUGGAAAUGAGUGGCGAGCUACCUUUCAUUACCAUUUGUUAUUGGCAUACCUUGAUGUGUAGAGGAGUACAUGCUUAUUUAUCACCUCUGGAAAGAGUGAAAGCAUUCCACAGAGUGGUGGAGAAGGCAAUCUUUCCAAUCAAACAUAUUUCACCAAAGAAUCCAACAGAACCUUCUCAUGUUUCAUUAAUCUUGUCAAAAUCUGUACAAUCAUUCUUGGAAUUAUUCAAAUAAAAAUAAUAAUAAAUAAUUGAGAGCGUUUUAUUUAC